AUGCAUGUUCUUCUUACCAACGACGACGGUCCCCUCGAUGACCUCGCAUGCCCCUAUAUGAAAUAUUUUGUUGACGAGAUCAACCGUUCGACCGAUUGGAAAGUAUCGAUUGUGGUUCCGAAUCAGCAGAGAUCAUGGAUUGGAAAAGCCCAUUUUGCAGGUAGAAGUCUAUCAACAUCGUACAUUUACACCAAAGAAAGCACUCACGUCUGUAAUGCGGAUAUCAAUAAGUUUGAGGGACCGUUUGAAUCACCUUCGAUAGAACUUAUUUCCAAGGGAUACCAAGAGUGGUGUUUGGUAGACAGUACACCAGCUGCUUGCACAGAUAUUGGAAUCCAUCACUUGAAGCAGCAUCAAGAACCAAUUGAUUUGGUGGUCAGCGGUCCCAAUUUUGGAAAAAACUCAGGAAACCUUUACAUUUUGGCCAGUGGAACAGUGGGUGCAGCUAUGGAAGCAGUGACGCACGGCAUUAAGUCGAUAGCUCUCUCCUACGAGUUUAGGGACAUUAACCACAAUUUUGAGAUCUUGAAGGAAGCAAGCAAAAUCUCUGUCAACCUUGUUGAACAUUUAUAUGGUGAAUUGAAGAAACAGAGCGAGGUCGACCUCUUCUCAAUCAAUGUGCCAUUGAUUCCAUCACUCGAAAGCGGCAAAACGAAGAUCAAAUACGCUCCAAUCCUAAAGAACACUUGGGGGUCUAUCUACACUAAUUUAGGUGAUGGGAAAUUUGGCUGGGCUCCUGAUUUCAAGCAGGUGUGGAAGGAUGGACUUGAAGAUGUAACUCACUCCGACAGCAGAGUGCUCUUAGACGAGGGAAUCAGUGUCACACCACUCAAGGCAUCCUUUACUGUUGUGGAGCCUCUUGAGGGAGAGAUCGUGUUGAAUCAAUCAGUCAAAGAAUUGGGCAUGAAAAAGGAACAUAAUAAUGUGUUUUUGAUUACAAUUCCUGAACUGGCAUAUAUUUAUGAGCCAUAUGUUACCGUUUUCAAGAAAUUAGGUUUCAGGAUUGAGAAAUCUCUCCUGGUAUUGGAGGAACUCAAAGCAAACUUAUCACUUAAGGUUUUCCAUUACUGUGAGUACGAAGAUAUUGACCUUGACUUGGUGCAAUCUCACCCACAGCAAUACUUUAUUCCUUCGUAUAUUUAUCGUAAGGCAUUAAUAAGAAAGCAUUUCUUAGCCAACACGAUUCGUCAUUAUACUGUGAAGAAUCCAGAAUCGAUACUUCAUAAGGCUUUCCCAGAAUGUUACCAGUUGGAGGUUGAUUACGCGGAGUUUCUCGAUGAUGCAUUGGAUGAUGCCUACGAGCUCAGAGAAGAGAUUGAACUGGGUGAGAAGACAUGGAUUCUCAAGCCAAGUAUGAGUGACAAGGGUCAAGGAAUCAGGAUAUUCCAGACUAUCCCCCAACUUCAAGCAAUUUUCGAUUCAUUUGAGCAAGAUGAAUCUGAUAUCGAAGGUGAAGAUGAAGAAGACAAUAAUGGAGUUAUUAUCUCCCAACUACGUCAUUUCGUGGUACAGGAAUACCAAAGUCAUCCAUUACUUUUGCUGGAGUAUUUGAACAGAAAAUUUCAUUUGCGUACAUACGUUGUCUGUAAAGGAAACCUCAAGGUAUUCGUUUACGAGAACAUUUUGGCGUUAUUUGCCAGCGUUCCUUAUAUAGAACCGGGCAACUCAGAAGAGGAUGAAAUCAUCGAAUUGGCUGGUCACUUAACCAAUACUUGUCUCCAAGAAGGCUAUCAACCAGUCGUUGUCCCAUUCUGGGCCUUGAGGGGUGUCGAGGAACCCAAGAAAGCUGCAAUUUUUGAUCAAGUCAAAGCAAUAACCGGAGAGUUGUUUAAGGCAGCAUCCUCAGUGGACAGAAUUAAUUUCCAGCCCAUGGAUAAUGCCAUUGAAAUAUUUGGUAUUGACUUCUUAGUUGAUGCUGAUUACGAAGUUAAGCUUCUUGAAGUCAACUCGUACCCAGAUUUUAAACAAACAGGAGACGACCUCAAGACGAUUAUUGACGGACUUUUUAAUUCCGUUGCAACUGAGUUAGUGAGCGAGAUGUUUGAUUUGCCUGCCCCCGAAUCAGCAGCAAGCUUGCUUCAUGAAGUUUUAUAA